GCCUCCUUCCUCACCUCCCCCUUCUCCACGUCCGAGUUGCUUGUCCCGCCGCUAGAUCACCUCUCCUCUCAACGAAGAACAACAACUACGACAACUUCAAAGUUCCAAACAUGGAAGGCGACAACAGAAUAAUGUCCGCUUGAAUCGGGGGCAGAUUUUCCAAGAUGCCAGGUCUUUUGCCCGGUCCUGGGAGUCUGACAGUCAUCUGGUUUUUAUCUUGGUCACUGUGUCUCAGUGGGGCUCAGAUUUGGACCAGUGAAGUAUCAGACGUGCAGUAUGGACGCCUGGAUUCCAAUGUGACACUGGCAUGUGGGAAGUCACAAAUUAACCUACCCGUGGUGUGGCAUCUCAAUAACAGCCCAGCGUUGCCAUGGCACAAAGUAACAUCAAAUGGAUCCCUGGUCCUGUUGCACGCCAGCCAUUCAGCCCAGGGCAACUACAGCUGCUAUGACAACCAGGGGCUCCUCCUUCACGCCGUCAAACUCAGGCUGGGCCAUCCCCCUGGGCUGCUGAGCAUUUCCUGUCGAGUUCCUAAUCACACUCACGUUAGCUGCUCCUGGAUGGAAUCAGUAAAUACCUCUAUUCCAGUCGAGUACAUCGCCUCCUUCAGGGGGACAGGUCAGGAGUGGCAGCCGUGCUUAGUGGACGCUGUCCACCACAACUGUUAUGUGGAUCACCCAGCCUUCUGGCUGACUAUUCACACCCUUAGAAUCACUGCCACCAACGCCUUUGGCUCAGAGACAACAUUAGCCCGCUUUAAGUUGCACCAGCUUUUGAAACCUGACCCUCCAGAGUCGGUGUCGGCAAAGGAGGUAGAAGGCCAUUCCAAGAGACUGAAUGUCUCAUGGAACUUUCCCUCCUCUUGGCAGCAAUAUGAUAAUUUUCCCCUAGUUUUUCACAUUAGAUACAGACCACAUGGAUCUCUAUACUGGUCAGAGGUUUACUCAAGGGAGAGUGCAGUUGUGAUUUUUGACGCCCUAGCUGGCCACCUGCAUCAGAUUCAAGUCCGAGCCAGGGACGACGUGGAUUCUGACAGCCAAUGGAGUGAUUGGAGUCCUCUGCUUUUUGUUCAGCCUUGGGAAGAGUACGCCACAUCUGAACCUCCAGAGGAUACUUUUCUCGACUAUAUUUUGCCUUCCAGUGCAAAGCCAGAGACCUCUACUGCAAAGGCGCACAAUCCAGGAGUUGAAGAUGACAGUAAUUUGGGUUUGGUGAUUCUGCUGGUUUUGUUUGCCGUGGUUAUCAUCGCCACCGUCCUUUCCCUCAUCUUCUUGGUGUGGGUGAGACAGAGGCAGCGUGAACAUGUGACCAAACAGGAACUCAGUUCAAUGGUCAAGAUGAAGUCCAUGCCAGUUUGAUGUUGAUUUUAAACAUCGUCUCCUCCUUCAGCCCGUUCUAGGGCUCUUCUAAAAAGUUGGUCGUGAUGACAGCAUGUUGACUUCCCAUAUUCAAGUACAGACUUUUCUCUUUCAAAUACCCCUCAUGCUAUUGUUAUACACAACAGACUGUAGUAUCAGUGUGAGGUGGAUGAGGAAGGCAGCUGAGACCAAGCAGGCAACUCCAGUCCUACAGACGCCAUGUAUUAGUCUGAUUUUUUUUUUUAACAUUUUUUUGGUUGCACGGUAUAUGUUUUUUUAGUUUUGUCUUUUGGGUGAUGCUCCUUUUUGUGAUACCUCUUCCUCAUCAUCCAUCCACUGAAGGUGUGUGAGUGCACGACACGUAGAAUGAAAGAGAGGGACAAACACACCACCAGCGUUAGAAGAACAAAGGUGAAGCAGGAAAACGACAUCAAUUUGCUCGACAUGCAAAAACAAACCCAACAAUAUUUUCAAUAGACUUCAUGUGCUUGAAUAGCAUUUCAGUCCCGUCCACUACGGAUGCACCGACACACAUUGAAUUUGGAUAUCCGCCCAUUCCGAUACCAGAACCCCAUUUGCUUUAACAUGCAAACGAGACUGAUCCUCACGGUUGGUUGAAAAGAAUAUCAGCCAACACAGUCAGCUGGACAACACAGAACCCUUAGCAUCACAGAUGCAUUGUUGUUGAUUUAAUAUCAGGCUGAAAUGAACUCCUCCCUACAUGGAAGUAAGAUAUUGGAGCCAUCUGCAAGUUUUGUCCAACUGUUUUGUGUGGCCGUGAAUGUUGCAGUGCAGUUAUGUUUGCUGAUGCUCUUUUGGCUGUGUUUGGUCGGCUAUUCCUCUAGCUAUGUUUGCUGAUGUUCGUCUCAUUACAUUUGCUGAUGUUUUUCUGACUACUUUUGCUGAUAUUCUUCUAACCACAUUUUUUUGAUGCUGCUUUGGCUGCGUUUGCUUCUACAGUAGUUCCAUUCACUGAUGCUCUUUUGACUAUGUAUAUUCUUCUAGCUGCGUUAGCCGACAACAUUAAAGAGACGUGGCUUAUGGAUCGGAAACCUACCCAGGCAAUAUCAGAAAUUUUUGACACUUGAAUUACACUGGUAUCGGAAACCCAAUACUAAGAGGACUACUACUGUCAACAGUCGUAUUUCCCCCUUUGAAUUAUUGUAUUAAAUUUCAUGAAUUUUUAAAAACAGAUCAUGCAUAACUUGUAAUAAUAGGAAGUGUUCUCAUGCAAAUGUUGAGAUGUAUGCAUCUACACUAUUGAAUGGCAUUACAGUAAUAUCAGAGCAAGAUGGAAGGAUCUCAGAGAUGUUUGUAGAAUGCUUAAGAAGUUAUUGUGGGUGUAUCUUCUGCCAAGGGUGGUACACCAGGUUUGGCCUGAUGGGGUGUGAACGAAUCAGGACAUUUGUUAUCAGAAUUUAGGAGGAUUUUGCUGGAAAAAUACAUAUGAGGGAUCUUUUGAAAAUAAACACACAAAAAAAUACUGUAGGUGAUUUGGCUGCUGCAGAACGCUGAUCGUCAAAGUUGCCCACUUUAGAAAACAAUCAAAUUAGUUCGCUGGAGGAUGCUGAUCAUCAAAGUCCCUCUUUUCAUUGAAUGAAUUUGCUGCGGAGUCAAGCUGUGACCGUGCAGCGCUCAAGGAACAUGUGCAAUACCUUUGUAAUCACAUCAGAAUGGCUGACACUUUCCAGGAUUUUGAAUUUUCAUGCAAGUGUAAAAGUAAUUAGAGGUUGAUGUCAAGUGUCAAGUCAAAAAAUAAAAAAUUGUACCAUUUCCUAUGCGUAGAACGUGUUGAAAGCCGCUUGCAACUCAUAGCUAACUUGGACACGGGGUUCUUUUUACGCACGGGCGCUGACCAUGAUGAACCUUUGUGUACCUUUUAUUAAGGUUCUUUAGUGAGUAACCACACCCCCAUUUCCAGGAACCUUUAUUUUUUUACCGGGUAAAUUGUCUGGUUACCAUUGCACCUCUAACUUCCUGAAAAUGUGUUCAAGUCAGGCCCAUCGAAAGCACCUGGGAUCCCGAAAAGACCCUCACGCAAGGGGGGGUUGGGUCAGUUCAUUGUGACCAUGUGGUUUGACAAGAUAAUGGUUGCCAUGGUGACCUGUGUCUAUCAGUGCUGGUCAGUGCUCGUGAAAAACCCCAAAAUACCUCAAUUUAUAUCUGUUUUAGUAUUUCUUUGUUCUGUAAUCCUCCUCGGUUGAUGACGUUGUGUCCGAAGCUGUGCGGUCAUGGAUGAUCCAGGGACUGAAGUCAAUGACCGUAUCGGGAACGCAAGCUCGAUGCGAGUCUGACGACCGUAUGUUCUCUCAAGCUAUGUUAACACGUAAUGCACAGAUCCAGUUGAAGCUUUGUUUUGCCAAGUAUUUUAUAUGGCAUGUAUUCUUUGUACAGAACCUUUAUUUGGGAAAGCCCUCUUGUGUUUGAGUUUCUCGUAAUUGGGAUGGAAAUGCAUGGAGCCGUUGGCGUUGGUUACAAGGAAAAAUCUUUUUGUAAUCAGAGAAUGUUGGGAUAAUCUGGAUGUACGCUGGAUGUACGCUGUGUAUUUGUGUUGUCCUCCCCAGUUUUAUGAAACUCUGUUACUUUUUCUUCAAUUUCUCAUUCGUUCCAAUGUGGAGUACAAAGAAAGCACGACCACACAAGUGUGUUUGUGUUUGCCCUUUUAUAGUUAAAAUACUGAUAUGAGUAUAUUUUUGUAACAUUAAGUUGUUUUGGUCAGCAGAACUCAAUUUGGUGUAUUGAAAAAAACAUGAAAAAAAUGAAUAUUUACUUCCGUUGCAUUUUAAAGAUAUUUUUCUGUGGGCAAAGUGCAGUAUUAGUAACUGUCCAUCAUGUCAUGUGAGCCUUUCCUCUGCGGUAUGUGAUGCCACGCGGUGCCUGUUGAGGUUUACACCCUGGCAGAUGUACAUAGUCUGUGUCUUGGUGUUUGUUUUUAGCUUCAUGUGUUUGCCAGAUAUCACCAUAAGCUGUUCUUCCCUUCCCGCCCUUGUACGGUUCUGUAAAAUAAUAAAAUACUAUUUUAUCACA